AUGGGACAAAGCAACAAUGUCACAGAGUUUUUCCUACUGGGCCUCACUCAGGAUCCUAUGGGACAAAAAGCACUAUUUGUCAUGUUUUUGCUUCUGUACCUUAUGACAAUCAUGGGCAACCUCCUCAUUGUAGUGACAGUCAUUGCCAGCCCUUCUUUGGGCUCCCCAAUGUACUUCUUCCUUGCAUGUCUGUCAUUCUUGGAUACUGUUUAUUCAACUGCAAUCUCGCCAAAGUUGAUUAUAGACUUACUCUGUGAUAAAAAGGUCAUCUCCUUUACUGCUUGCUUGAGCCAGCUCUUUAUAGAGCAUUUAUUUGGUGGUACUGAGAUUGUCAUUCUGGUGGUGAUGGCCUAUGAUCGCUAUGUGGCCAUCUGUAAGCCACUUCACUAUUUGACCAUCAUGAAUCGACGAGUUUGCAUCACUUUGUUGGUAUUUGCCUGGAUCGGAGGUUUCACACACUCUCUGAUUCAAAUUCUCUUUGUUUACAACCUUCCUUUCUGUGGCCCCAAUGUCAUUGACCACUUCAUGUGUGAUAUGUCCCCAUUAUUGGAACUUGCAUGCACGGAUACCUACUUCAUUGGUCUGACUCUUAUUGCUAAUGGUGGAGCCAUGUGUAUUGUGGUCUUUAUCCUUCUCAUAGUCUCCUACAUAAUCAUUCUAAACUCUCUCAAGACUCACACUCAGGAGGGAAGGCGCAAAGCCCUGUCCACCUGCAGCUCCCACAUCACGGUGGUUGUCUGCUUUUUUGUUCCUUGUAUUUUCAUGUAUGCUAGACCUGUUUACAAUUUUUCUACUGAUAAAUUCAUCACUGUAUUUUAUACAGUUGUCACUCCCUUGUUGAAUCCUUUAAUAUACACACUGAGAAAUUCAGAAAUGAAAAAUUCUAUGGAAAAACUCUGGUGUAAAAUGCCAAAUACAAAUAGAAUGUCUGCUCACUGA